AUGGAGGACUCUGGGGAAGAAACAGCAACCGCAUCUCAUCUAUUCGGCCGCCUGUCAAGCAAGGAAGACGAUCCGUUCGGCGAAAUAGCAGCCAAUAACGAGUCGACAGAUACCACUCCGAACCUAGAGAAUAUCCAAGAAAUGGACGACAAAGAACUGAUAGCGCAAAUGGACGCUAUUGAAAUUUCAACAAGCGAAACUCUAGCGAAGUCAACUUCAGUUUCAAUAUCAGAUGAGUUCAAAGAAAAGGUUAAAUCGAUCUGGCCGGCGCCGAAAAAGUUUCUGAGAAUAUUCAAAAACAGAAAAGAUGGAAAGCCUCUCAUCAGCUCCGAUUAUUCGUUCAUUUCCCAGCCAAGACUUUCUACAUUUGUCGCCAAUCCUUACGUUCGAUACGAUAUGGACCCGAUGGACCAUCUUGCUCUAUUGCUCAAGCGCGAAGAUUACGUAGAAGUCAUCAACACGACCUCGAUGAUCAUCAACUCUAUUCCCAAAGAUGAAGAUCCGCUUUACUUCGCACAUUUCUUCGAUCUCUGGUUCUUCAGACUUCAAGCCGCUCUCCGCCUAGUCGAGAACAAGGACGAAACUUAUCUGAAAUUAGCGGAAAUGGAAGCAGCGGCAUUCGACGAUUCUCAGUAUUCGAAUUUAUACAAACAAUUCUUUCCUUCAAAAUUCGAAGGCCAAACGGGGAGCAUUCUGCCUUUCCGGUUGAGAUUGCUGUCCCUACAAAUUAUUGCCAAAGUAGCAGCUUCCACGGGAAACGGAAAAGAAAUUAAUACGGCCAUUUCAAAGCUCUUUGCUCUGAUGGAAACGACGAAAGAGGUUCUAAACGAGAGCCAUGAUUUUGUAGAAACGGAGGAAGAAAAAUCCUAUUUUCUUAAAAUUUGGGAAAGAAGAAAGAUCGCAGCGGAAAAUGCCGUUUCUUCCGCCUUCGUCCAGGCGAAUAAUCACACAGCGGCACUCGUCUUUCUUGACAAGCUCGGCAGGGAAAAUUGUCCUGCUCAUCUUCGCGAAGUUGCGAAGAUCCAAAUCCACGCAAAUAUGGUCGAAGAAGCCGAGCUUACUUACUCGAAGAUUUCUGCCCUGGCCGACUCAGUUCAGAAAGAACGAUCGCUUGCAAAAUGCAGGCUCAUGAUCCACACUUUCAAGCAGAAUUGGACACAGGCGGAAAACGAAGCGAAUGCCCUGAUCGCGACGGAAAAUGACUGGGUCUCACGGAACAACCUCGGCGUCAUUCUCUUUCAGCAAGAGCGGCUCUCCGAAUCAAGUGCAAUCUACAACACCGAAUUAACUACUCAUCUAUCCAAAGUAGGAGUCAUCGCUCCAUCCGCUAUUUUUCCUGUUCAAAGAAACUUAUUUACCCUGAAUGAAAUGUACAAAAAAUAA